AAAAAAAAAACAUCGAGGAAUUCAGACACUUGAAGUCGCCAGCAGACAGCCACAGCACAGCCACAGAACAGAACAGGAAGAGCAACCAACUCCAUCUUUAGCAGCAGAGGGAGCAGGAGGCGUCCCGUUGCCCCCCUCCCGUCCCGAUGGCGACACUGGAGCUGGACUACUUCAGGGCCGUGUCCCUCUACCGGCGUCGCUCAUACGAGCAGUGUGCGGAGCUGUGCAACGCCCUGUUGCAGGCCGGUCACGACAACAAUGUCCAAAUGUUUGCCACCAAAGAGGGGGCCCAGGAGGAGCACCAGCCGCCGCAGCAGCCGCACCGCAGAUUCGGUAGCAAUUUGCAACGCAUUGGCCCCAGGCAGCAGCAGCAGAAGGCCGUCGCCGCAUCCAUCAUGAUGCCCACUUGGCUGAUGGAGGGCGUGUGGCAAUUAAAGAUGCGAGCCCUGACGCAACGCGUCUACCUGGACGACCUCGAGGUGGACGAUGCCGGCGAGGAAGAGGCCCACGAGGAGGUGGAGUUCGAGCGGAUUGCCACGGCCGCCCGUCCUGGCAGCAGCAUCAAGACCGCUUUCCAGCCGCGUCCGAGCACCAGCCAGCGGCUGGCGCAGCGCAGCAGUCGUGGAGCCGGCAUGGCCCACUCCAGCGAUGGGCGGCUGAACAGCUCCAGGCCGGGAUCGGCGGCUGUGGCGCGUCCGGGCACGAGUCUCAGCCGUCCAGGCUCGUCGCUGGGCGCCAGACCCGCCUCCCGCUGUGGCACCGCCUCGCGGGUGCGGGCCACAUCGGCGGCGGCCUUUAAUGUGGGCGACGCCACCUCGAAGCUGUACCAGGCCUCCCGCCUCAAUCCCACCAUCUACGCGGAGCGGGAGACGCUGGUGAAGGCGCUGUUCCAGUUCCUCUACUACCACGAGGCGGAUGUGCAGAAGGCGCACUCCCUCUGCCAGGCGGUGCUCGAGGUGCAGCGCCAGCGACCCACUGCCUCCGGAUCGGAGGCAGCAGGCACGGACUGGUGGUGGCAGCAGCAGCUGGGCCGCUGUCUCCUGGCCCUCCACUAUCCCCGGCGGGCGGAGCCCUGCCUGCAGCAGUCGCUGGCCGCCUUUCCCCAUCCGGACACGUAUCUGCUGCUGUCGCGUCUCUACCAGCGGCUCAAGCAGCCCGAACGCGCCUUGGUCUUGAUCGGCGAAGUGGUGGAUCUGCGACCCUUCGAUGUCACCUAUCGGCUGGAGCAGGCGCGCAUCCACCAGGCCAUGGAGCGGCAGGAGGAUUCGCUGCAACUGUACCGCCUGGUGGCCCGGCUGCAGCCCAUCAAUGUGGAGGCGCUGGCCAGCAUUGCCGUGGGCUACUUCUACGACAACAAUCCGGAACUGGCGCUCAUGUACUACCGCCGCAUCCUCUCGCUGGGCGCCCACUCGGCGGAGCUCUACUGCAACAUAGCCCUGUGCUGCCUCUACGGCGGACAGAUCGAUCUGGUGCUGCCCUGUUUUCAGCGUGCCUUGGCCAUGGCCACACAACCCGAGCAGAAGGCGGAUGUCUGGUACAAUCUGAGCUUUGUGGCAGUGACCUCGGGCGACUUCAAUCUGACGCGUCGCUGCCUGCAGCUCUGCCUCACCUCGGAUGCACGCAAUGGCGCGGCGCUCAACAAUCUGGCCGUGCUGGCGGCCCAGGGUGGCGACAUUAUGGGGGCCAAGUCCUACCUGAAUGCCGCCAAAGAUAUGAUGCCCGAUGCCGAGGAAGUGACCAGCAAUCUGCACUUUAUGGAUCUGCACUACAAACUUUAGUACAGUAAAAACCGGCACUCUGUUUCAAUAUAAA